AUGGAUUCCAGCAUCAGUAUAGAAAAACAAUUGUUCAGAAGUGCCAUGAAAGGAGAGUGGGAUGUUGCUCUAGAACUAUACAAGAACAACCCAACGGUUCAUGUGGCCAAGAUCAGUAGAUCAGGGGACACAGCGUUGCACAUUGCUGUCUCCAAUGUCCAAGAAGGCGUUGUACAAAAGCUGGUCGAUUUGAUUUCCGAGCAGAGUGAACCCAGGAAGGCUCUGGAAAUUAAAAAUGAGCAGGGGAAUACCCCUCUGCAUAUUGCAGCUUCGCUAGGGAAUGUGAAGAUGUGCAAAUGCAUGGCUGAAGCAGACUCAUGGUUAUUGCAAGUUCGAAACAAUGAUGGAGAAACCCCUCUCUUCGUGGCCGCUCUUCAUGGCAAAAAGGAUGCCUUCCUAUGCCUCAACUCUUGCUGUCAAGACAAAGAAGCAGGCUAUUCUUAUUGCAAAAGGAAGGAUGGUGAAAAUGAGACAAAGGACUCCAUAGACAUGAAGGACAUCAAUUCUUUCCUCCCAAUUAUGGCACCUUCAUUGAUUUUCUGA